AUGAGUGGAUUGGAUGUCGGUAGCAAGGAGGAAGAUGGUGUUUCGAGCUUUAAGAGGAGCAUGAGCAAGAUGGUUGCACUUGAGACAGAGUCUCUUGCAAGGAAAAACACAAAGGGGCCUGGAAACCUUGUUUCAAUAAGGGUUGACCGAAUAGAGGGGAAGAUGAAGAGUCCAGAGGGGAACUUUGUGGAGAUCAAGAAAAGGCUGUUUGAAGGUGGAAUGGAGGAAAACAGAAUCAUGAAUGGAGUAAAUGUAAGAUGCAUGGUUGAAAGCCUAAACGAAGAGGUGGCUGUGGAGUGUGACAAGGAGUUGAAUGAUGUAUGUAAUGGGGAGGUGAUGGAGAUUGAUACAAUAAAAACAAAUAGUGUGGAUAAUUCAAAAAUUGUUGAAGAGUACAAGGCAUGUAUGAAGCAAGUGAUGUGGAGUGAGGAACCCAUGUACAAGGAGGAGGGGUGCGUUGAUGAUUGUGAAGAGGAGGAGCGUCUUGAGAAUGCCAAAAGAAAGCUUCUUGCAGAGCUUGAUGACGAGAAGGAUGAAGCAAGUACAGAGAUGGUAAGUAUGGUGAUGCAUUCGAAGGAGAUGGUGCCUGCAGAAAUGAUUGAGCAGAAGGUGAUGUAUGUAGAUGUGGCACAGGAAGACCGUGAUGGAGAUAUGAAGCAGUACGGUAUAAACUGCAAUGUUCAUGUGUGUGAUGUGCACUAUAAGAUUCCUGACCUGUCUCGAGGUAGUAGGUCGUCGUCUCAGACAUCUAUUUGCACAAAUGAUACACAGGAGAGCGAAGGAAUGUAUGACUGCAAUGAUGAUAAAAAAGAAUGUACAGAAGCGGGGAAAGACAGUAUGGAUGAGUUUGUAGUAUAUCAGGAUCCUAAUGAGAAGCGAGAGGAGAAGGGAUGGUUCUCGAGGCUUUUUGCAUCUGUAUUCUCUACAUGUUGCUUUCAAGACUGA